UAAAUUUCAAAUAAAUAAAAUGCAGUUCUCAGAGGGACAGGGAACCAGACCAACAUCUUUCUUUAUCGACGAUAUUCUACUUAACAAACCAAAACCAACAUUCCGGGACUUGCCAUCUCUACCCGUCAGACCGACAGUCACGGAUUUUCCGGGUUAUCCCUAUUUUCCGGGUAUCUUCUACCCACACCAAGUACUGCAACAGACGCAAAGCUUCUUACACAAGCACCCAGAGCACGGUCAUCCAUUUCUGAUGCCAACUGUUGCUGGUUUUCCGAUAGCACCCAUAUACCAACAUGACAGUCCCGGCAAGCACUGCAGACGACGAAAGGCAAGAACAGUUUUCAGUGACCAGCAACUAAAUGGUUUGGAGAAAAGAUUUGAAGCCCAGAGGUAUCUUUCUACGCCCGAGAGAGUGGAAUUGGCCAAUCAACUUAGUUUAUCCGAAACACAGGUGAAAACAUGGUUUCAAAACAGACGAAUGAAACAUAAAAAGCUACAGAAGAAACCUAACGAAAAUGGCGAAGAUACGAAUGCGGAUGACUCGAAAGAAAUAGGAUCUGAUGAUGAAGAGUCACGUGACAGUUUUACUUCCAGUAAUGUUUCAGACAAAGCACAGUGUUCCAUAGCAAGGGAUUCAGAAAACAAACACUCGACGCCCUCCAUCUACAAACCUUACCAGCUUGAUUCAGAAGAUACACACGAAGAUGAAAUUGACGUUGUAGACAGUGAAAGCGAGGGAGGAAUUUGAAAUUAACGUGUUUGUCAAAAUGAACC